AUGGCAUCAGGCCUUUGGUGCUAUGAUUCCCAGGAUCCCAAAUGUGGCCCUUCUCACUGGAAGGAGAUCACGUCGGGGUGUGGGGGACAGAACCAGUCGCCCAUUAACAUCGAUCGAAGGAAAGCGCGACGGGACAGGAGCCUGGAUGGAAUUCUGUUUGAAGGUUAUGACCAGGCGCCUCCAGGCAGAUGGAGAUUGGUGAACAGUGGGGAUGAAGUCAAAAUGAUCCUGGAUGGAGCAUCUGCUGCAGAACAAAUCAACAUUACCAGAGGAGGAAUGAGGGACACCUAUCGGGCCUUUCAGUUCCACUUCCAUUGGGGUGACCUCAAGAGGAAUGGCUCAGAGCACUAUAUGGAUGGGAUACAGUUCCCUAUGGAACUGCACAUUGUACACAUGAACACCAAAUACAAAACUGUCAGUGAAGCUAAGGAACAUCCAAAUGGGCUUGCUGUCUUGAGUUUCCUGUUCCAGAUAUCAGACACCGAUAACACCAAUUACAACACCGUUGUUGCCAGCCUGAGAAACAUCUCUCGUGCAGGAGAAUACGUCGACAUGGCAUCCACCUUUUCCCUGAGCAAUCUUCUCCCCAGCUUAGCCUCACUGUCCAAAUAUUACCGCUACCAGGGAUCUCUCACAACUCCAAACUGUGAAGAAGUGGUCAUCUGGACAGUGUUUGAAGAGCAGAUCCCAAUCAGCAGAUCUCAGCUGAAUGCAUUUGUGGACACCACGUACUUCAAAAAUUUGGCUGGGAUGCCACAGAAAAUGAUCAACAACUUUCGUCCUUUACAGCUUCUUAAUGGCCGGACGGUCUAUGCUUCCCGUUAUGCCACCAUCAGCUGCGGCUCUUCUCUUGCUGCCAAUUUAUUCCUUCCUCUGCUCUUGUCUUGUUUGACUGGCCAAUUCUCUGGUUCCUCCUAGCUGUCUGAGCGAAUGGCCAGGCUCAGUCGUGAAUCCAUUGUAGGUCUAUGGCGUGUUCAUAGUUGUGGUUCUUCAGUGUGAUGCUUCCCUAUCUGAGAUGAACGAGGUACAAGUUGAAAUCAAGCUCUGAAUGGAGUGUUUCACUGAUUUCUGAACAACAGUUUGGAGACAGUUGUAUUGCAACCAAAGGCAUCAGAUUCAUGAUUGUCACCAUAAAUGGGACCAGCAAUGAGAUAAGAAAUGUGGAAUGCUUUCACCUUGGCCAACUGAUGGGAGGUCCUCUGGUCAAGCAGGAGCAUGGUGCACAAGGUACCUUUCUGCCGGAAUGGGAAACGAAGGCUUAAAUUAUGUAAGCUGAAGUUCUAAUGAAUAAAUUCAGAAUUCUUAAUUUUU